AUGUCGUCUCAACCCUUCCUGCCACUCUCAGACGCUCAGGGCUCUCCGAGAUUGAGGCCGCGAAGGCCGAGUCUAGAUCCAGAGCGCGAGAUCAUGUCAACGCGUGGUCAGCGGAUCUGGUCGCUUCUGCCGAGUCGUCAAUCCACCGCUACAUUGCAAGACCUCGAGGAGCAGUCAUCGGCGACGCCAACAAAUGCGCGGCGAGGCUCGCAUCUCAUUGGACAUCGCAAUGCGCGCUAUGACUGGUACGUGACACCGCGCCAUACACUCGUUGAACUCUUUCUCGCGGUGCCAAUCUCUUGUUUCUUCGGUGAAGACCAAAUAAGCAAAGCAAUCCGUGCUGCUGACGACUCCAUGUCGCUCGAGUGUAGUCCACUGGGUUCUAGGAAUCAAUACUACCGCCCACCUGAAACCUUGAAAGGCCAGCGUAAAGCGAUCCGUCAAUACUAUGAAGGGAACAACGAGUUGAUCUCCCAGUAUCUCUUCAUCGACCGACUGCUGGAUUCUUCUCUCCCGCACAAUCUGAUUGAAGACUAUUCUGAUCGUCACCAUGACCCCCAUCGACAGCAGGAGGGAAGGCGGACUAGCUCUUCUGAAAUAUCGAACACGGACCAGUCUCCAGCCCUCGCAGCUCAGGCGGUCUCCAAGGGCACAAGGGUCAAGCGCACGCCUCACAAUCUGUAUCGAAUUCCCGAUGAAACAGCCCCGUUGCUCCCGGAUGCGUCUGCGCAGGACAUGGAAGAGCCCCGUAAACCUAGCGAUUCUGCUCCCGACUCGGAGUUUCAGGAGCGUCUCUCCCCGGAGGCAGAAGAGCGUCUGAUCAAUCUAGCCAUUCGCAUCAACUUUGUCGCUAACGUCAUCCUCCUCGCCUCCAAAAUCGCCAUCAUGGCUUUGACGAGCUCCAUGUCAGUCCUGGCAGGCCUCGUGGACGGACUGUUGGAUUUCCUCAGCACGGUGAUCAUCUGGACCACAAUGACUUUGAUUCGCCGUCAAGAUCGAAGACGAUACCCGAUCAGUCGUCGACGAUUGGAACCAUUGACGGUGCUGGUCUUCUCAGUGAUUAUGGUGACAUCCUUCCUGCAGGUUGGACUGUCAUCUGCCAGCCAACUGAUUGGAGACGACCACUCCAUCGUUGUAUUGUCAACGCCGUCAAUUGCUCUGAUGGCGGGGACCGUGGUUGUCAAACUGCUGUGCUGGAUUUGGUGUCGACUGAUCCCGAGUCCAAGCGUGCAGGUUCUUGCUCAAGACGCAAUGACGGAUGUCGUCUUCAACACAUUCAGCAUUAUAUUCCCAUUAGUCGGAGCUUUUGCCCGAUUAUGGUUCUUCGACCCUCUAGGCGGUCUCUUGCUGUCUAUAUACAUCAUGUGGAAUUGGGGACAAACGGCAGGUGAAUACAUUCGGCGACUCACCGGUGCUGCGGCCUCGCCCAUCGAUCACAGUAUCUUGCUGUACAUGACCAUGCGUUUCUCCCGCGUCAUACAGAAGAUCCAGGAUCUCAAAGCAUACUACGCGGGCGAUAAAUUGAAUGUUGAGGUUGAUUUGGUCGUGGACGAGCGGACCAGUCUUCGCGACGCCCACGACGUGGGUGAGAGUCUGCAGUAUAUUCUGGAGAGUGUGCCAACCGUCGAUAGAGCUUUCGUGCAUUUAGACUACGAUGCGUGGAACCUGCCCAGUCAUAUGAACCAGUUGGAACGGUAA